AUGAAGCACAUCAACAAAUUGGCCCUGGCUGUGGCCUGCCUACCCGGUAUGGUCCUCAACGCCGCCCCGGUCCCCGAGGACAACACCGCGGACGUGUCCUCCCAGGUUGGUGCGGGUGAGAUCGAGCCUGCCGCCGCCUCCAACAGCCCCGAGGGUCACGCGGCGGCGGCGACUCCCGGUGCCUGUGACUGCGAGGGCAGUGACUGUGCCGACCUUGAGGCCGGCGGCCGCGGUGGGUAUAACAUGGUUGGUGGUGACAACGCCGACGCCAAUGCUCCCGAGAAUGGUUGCGUGGAUGGCCGUUCUGACUGUGACUUGGUUUCGCCCGAUGGACGCGGUGGGUACAAUAUGUUCGGGAACGGCACUACCACCGCUAAUGCCACCCAGGAUGGCAGUGACUGUGCCGAUGUCGAGGCCGGAGGCCGCGGUGGGUACAACAUGGUUGAUGACAACGACACCAGUCGCAGCGACGAUGGCUGCGAUGACCACCCCGACUGUGAUUCUGGUUCGUCUGAUGGAAGUGGCGGGCACCGGGUGCUCGUUAUCGGGUCCCCCGACUCCGAUCCUAUUGCCACUGUUGAUUUUCUCUAA